AUGUCGACACUUUUGUUUGUCGCAACGGCCUCCCCCGUCCUCUACCUUCUAUAUGUGCUGCUCUCUCGCUGGCAACAUGCGCAAAAUGCUCGUAAAUGGAACUGCGGCAGUAUUCCUUCAUACCCCGGUGAUGUGCUGGGUAUCAACACCCUGAAGGAGGCCUUGGCUAUGGACAAGGCUCGCCAAGUGCCCACAGUAACCCGCCGCCGUGUUGACAUCAUGUCCGCCCGCGAGAAUCGCUAUACCACUACUUUCCACUUCCGUCAGCUGGGCACCGAUGUCAUCAGCACCUGCGAUCCCAAGAACGUCCAGGCCUUGUUGGCCACUCAGUUCAAGGACUUUGAGCUGGGCCAGUCCCGUCGCAACGCUCUGCACUGGCUGCUAGGCAGCGGUAUCUUCACUGCCGAUGGCGACCACUGGUCUCGCUCUCGCGCUCUCCUCCGUCCUCAGUUCACCCGCGACCAGAUCAGCGACCUCGAUCUCGAGGAGCGUCACGUCCAAGUCGCCAUGAGAGCCAUGCCCGUUGACGCCACCACCGGCUGGACCGCCGCCACCGACAUCCAGACCAUCUUCUUCCGCCUGACCAUGGACACCGCGACCGAGUUCCUCUUCGGCGAGAGUGUCCAGAGCCAAGCCGCCGCCCUCAGCAACGGCGCCAUUCCCCAGGAUGACUUCCCUGCCCAAUUCGACCGCGGUCAAUGGUACUCCGCCCAACGCGCUCGCUUCGAGAAGCUCUACUGGACCGUGAACAACAAGGAAAGCCGCGCCAUCAACAAAGCCGUGCACGCCUACGUCGACCGCUUCGUCUCCGCCGCUCUCAACUCCGACCCGGAGAAGAAACCCACCGGCCACUACGUCUUCCUGCACGGUCUGGCCGAAGCCACCCGCGACCCCGUCGAACUGCGCUCCCAGCUCCUCAACAUCCUCCUCGCCGGUCGCGAUACCACUGCCUCUCUCCUGUCGUGGUGCAUCCUCUUCCUCGCCCGCCACCCGGACUACUUCAACUCCCUGCGCGCCACCAUCCUCGCGGAAUUCGGCUCCUACUCCUCCCCUCAUGACAUCACCUUCGCCAACCUCAAGUCCUGCCGUCCCCUGCAGAACUUCCUGAAUGAAGUUCUCCGUCUCUACCCCAUUGUCCCUGGUAACCGUCGGACAGCCGUCCGCAACACCACCCUCCCCACGGGCGGUGGUCCCGCGGGCACGGACCCCGUCUACGUCAAGAAGGGCCAGCCCGUCUUCUACAGCACCUACGUGAUGCACCGUCGGCCUGAUCUGUGGGGCGCCGAUGCUGACGAGUUCCGUCCGGAUCGCUGGAACGAGCGCAAGGCCGGAUGGGAGUACCUGCCGUUCAACGGUGGGCCGCGGAUCUGCAUUGGGCAGCAGUUUGCGUUGACCGAGACUGGCUAUGUGUUGGUGAGACUGUUGCAGCGCUUCGAUGUGAUUGAGGGCGUGGGCAAGACCAAGGAAGGGGAGAUCACGAUGCAGAUGAGUUUGACGAAUGCGCCGGGAGAUAAUGUGACGGUGCGGUUGCAUGAGGAUGCUUCUAACUAG